AUGCCGCCAAAGCUCGCCCUUCCGGGCAAUCUCCUCAAGGAGAUGGGAGUCUCUGGAGAACCCAAAGGAACGCCGCGCGACAACAGUCGCUGGAAGAGCCAGAGCCAAAACCGACGGGACAAACGCAAGGCCGAGCGAUCACAGAAGCGCCAGGGGCCGACAGCACCCCGAAGGCCACCCGUCAAAGCUGCACCUCCCAGGCCGUCUCGCCAAGAACCGGACGAUUCCGAGGACGACUCGGACGGCGGCCAUGCUGCGACCAUUCCGACGAAACGGGGAGCGCAGGGCGCAAAAGCGGCCAGCGACACAAAUCAGCGAAAGAGGAAGAGAAUUGCCCCUGUGGAGGAGGAUGACGACGAUGACGACGACGAGCCGGUCUCGCCGGUCGCGAAGACGGCCAAGACGUCGCGCAAGUUGAAGGACAAGUUUGCGCAGGAUGAUGCCGAGAUCGAAGACCUCGAGCGUAAACUCGGCAUCAAGAAGGGUCGCAAGGCCCUGCCCAAGUCCUUCCACGAAGAUGGCCUUGACGCCCUGCUGGACAGUGACGGAGCCGAAGACGACAGCGAGCGAGACGAGAGAACAAAAGCCAAGCGGGAGGCAGACGAGUGGUUGGCCAAGAAACGGAGGAAAGCGGCAAAGGCAGAAGUACCCGUGGAGAGCGAAGGGGAGGCGGACGAGGACGAUUCGGACAUGGACGACGGCCUCUCGGACCUGCUAGAAGACGACGACGACGAUGACGACGCAGGAUCAUUUGGCGGAUUUGACUCCGACUCGGAUGAACCAACAAAAAAUAAGCCCAGAGUCAGAGAGAACCCGUACGUCGCGCCAGUCACGGCUACCGCUGGCGGCGAGAGUGCUGGCAAGUACAUACCGCCGUCCCUUCGCAAGGCACUCGGCAAGGAUGCGGAUCUCGAGGCUCAGAUUCGGAGAAAGACCCAGGGUCCUGUGAACCGUGUCACCGAAGCGAACCUUGUCUCCAUUGUGGGAGAGAUUGAGAAGAUCUACCGCGAACACCCACGCGGCAUUGUCACGGAUAUCCUUUCGGACCUGCUGAUGGCGCAAAUCUGCGAUGCGACAAGCAAACCAGACACACUCUUGGUUCUCUCUGCCGGGUUCAUAGCAGCCUUGUACAAGGUCGUUGGUGUCGACUUUGCCGCCCAUUUCGUCACAGCUGUGGUUGAACGGUUCCAGAGAGAGCACGAUGCGGCAGAAAAGAUGGCUGCUGAGGCCCGCACCCCGACCAAGGAGACAUCAAACUUGAUCACGGUGCUGGCAGAGAUGUACGAGUUCAAGGUCGUGUCGGGCAAGAUUUUGUUCGACUACAUCAAAUUCCUGCUCCAAGACUUGUCAGAGCUCAAUGCUGAGAUCUUGCUCCGUAUCGUUCGACUGGUCGGGGCGCAGCUUCGGAAGGAUGACCCGUUGGCGCUCAAGGAUAUCGUCAGCCUCAUUCGGCCAGCUGUAGCCAAGAUCGGCGAGGCAAACCUCUCCGUGCGAACCAAGUUCAUGAUUGAGACGAUCAGCGAUCUCAAAAACAACAAGCUCAAGACCGGCGCGCAGGAUCUAGCGGUCCUCCAUGAGCACGUCACGCGCAUGAAGAAGCAUCUCGGCACGAUGGACACAUCAAAGCUCAAGGCCACCGAACCGCUCCGCAUGGGUCUUGAUGACAUUCAGGCUGCAGACAAGUCGGGCAAGUGGUGGCUGGUUGGUGCCAAGUGGGCUGGGCAGGGCGGCGAUAGCAAGAAGGCCGAACCGACCGCAGCCAGCGCCGGCGCCGCCGGCUCGGCGGAGGUGGCGUCGGACGAUGAUGUGAUAUUGGAUGACGGACUAGAUAUGCCGAACUACGCCGAUCUCGCACGCGAGCAGGGCAUGAACACGGACGUACGCCGCGCCAUCUUCAUCGCCCUUGUCGCGGCAGCAGACUUUAACGAUGCCUACCUGCGGAUAUUGAAGCUGCGUCUCAAUAAGUACAACCGUCGGGAAGUCUCCAACGUGCUGGUCCAGUGCUCCGGGGCCCAGCAGCACUACAACCCGUACUAUACGCUGGUCGCGAGCAAGUUCUGCGGUGAUUCGAGGAUCAAGUAUGCUUUCCAGGAUACCCUGUGGACAUUCUUCCGCAGACUUGGAGAACCUCUCUUCGGAGAGGAACCGGAAGAGGAAGACGAGGAAAUGACGGACAACCGCCGAAUCAUCAACACGGCCAAGAUGUUCGGCAACCUCGUCAUGGACUCAUCGGUAUCAUUGACCGUACUGAAACCUCUAAACAUGGCUUACGUCAAGGACACGACGGGUUUGUUUGUGGAGGUGAUGCUCAUCACUGUUCUCCAGGGCUGCAUCAAGAAGGACCCAAAAAACAUAGAGACGAGUCUCGGCAAAAUAUUCGCUAAUGGCGUGGCGCCGGAGUUCGCAAGGAGUUUGAGGUACUUUCUCCGUAAGAAGGUCCGUAAAACAGAUCUGGUCGAUGGAAAGAAGGAGACGGCCAGAGUCAAAGAGGCGUGUAGAAAGGCCGAGGACAUGCUGGAACAGCUAGAGCUGCGGGAAGAGGAAUAG